UUUUUAAAGUGGUGGGAGAGAAAGUAAACAAAGGAGCUGGUUUAUCAUUGUUUUGUUACUGCUCUGCCAACAGUCCCAAACAUUGCAUUAUGUAAAUGAAAAGACCACUGGGAACACUUUGGGAUUAGACAAAAUUAAAGCUGGAGUGGGACUUGAGUUUAUAUAUUUUUUAAUUUAUUUAAUUUUUUUUGACCUGCAUUUAAUUGUGCUUUAUGACUUGCGUUGUGAUUAUUGUGUUAACGUUUGGACAUAGUCUGUAAUUUGAAAAAUGUAUUCUAUUCUGUUCUAGUCUAGCUCAAAUAUUUCUGUGAAACUCCCAUCGGUUAAUCGUCCAAUCGAUUUUUGUGAAUCGGCACUCUGCUGCUUUUCCCUGGUGAGAAAAACAGUAAGCUAAAUCGAACGUCCCGGCGCAGGCGGAGGAAGCGAGACCUUAGCAGAGAUGUUCCGCAAUCAGUACGACAACGACGUAACGGUAUGGAGUCCCCAGGGCCGCAUCCAUCAGAUCGAGUACGCCAUGGAGGCGGUGAAGCAAGGAUCUGCAACCGUCGGACUGAAAUCCAGAACUCACGCGGUCCUGGUUGCACUUAAGAGAGCCCAGUCUGAACUGGCCGCCCACCAGAAGAAGAUCCUCCAUGUCGAUAACCACAUCGGCAUCUCCAUCGCUGGACUGACGGCUGAUGCCAGGCUGCUCUGUAACUUCAUGCGUCAGGAGUGCCUGGACUCCAGAUUCGUCUUUGACAGGCCUCUCCCCACGUCACGCCUCGUCUCUCUUAUUGGCAGCAAAACCCAAAUCCCAACACAGAGGUAUGGAAGGAGGCCCUACGGAGUCGGACUGCUCAUCGCUGGCUAUGAUGACAUGGGACCUCACAUCUUCCAGACCUGUCCAUCAGCAAAUUACUUUGACUGCAAAGCCAUGUCCAUCGGAGCACGCUCCCAGUCUGCACGCACUUACCUGGAAAGGUGCAUGGACAAGUUUUCUGACUGUGAGCUGAACGACCUGGUCCAACAUGGCCUCCGGGCUCUCAGAGAAACUCUUCCAGCUGAGCAGGACCUGACCACCAAGAAUGUUUCCAUUGGCAUUGUGGGAAAGGACAUGGAGUUCACCAUCUACGAUGAUGAUGAUGUUGCUCCGUUCCUGGUAGGACUGGAGGAGAGGCCGCAGAGAAAGGCUGCUCAGCCGGCUGAUGAUCCUCCUGCUGGAGACGCUCCGGAUGAGCCGAUGGAGCACUGAGACAGGACCCUGAUCUAGAUCCGGUCCAUCCCAGACCCGCCGAGACUUGCUGCAGCACAGGAGUUCCUCAAGAGAAGGCUGUUGUCAUGUGCCACUCGCUAAACUGUCUAUCCAGAAUAGUCUCUGCUGACAUCAACGUGAUCUUUCUUUUGUAUGGGUACAAGUUCACCAUCAUACAAGUAAUACAUUGUCUUUUUGGA